AAUUCGUUUAAGCGUGUUAGUGCAUCACUAUUCGUACACGAUCAAAGCUAUUUCCCGUUUAUUGUCCGUUUUACACGUUUGAAUUGCAGCCCUGCUCGUUCGCGACUGACGUACGAUCACUUGCAUGGUAAGUUCAUGUGUGCCAGAAAGUCGUCGCAGCCAGUUUCACCACAGCAGAGUGCCGAAGUAAACAAGCUUCUGCUUCGUUCUGAUCUGCUCGCAGCAACGUUUGGAGUCGGUAAGUGAGUUAACCGAAAAUGCAAACAUCUCAAUUUCACAUACACUGCGCUUCAGGAAAUCGGAAAUGCAACAGUUCAAGCAGUUCUUAUUAGAAUAUCUGCUGGAUUCCAACUAGUAACGGAAAUGAUGUUGUUGAAUGCAAACAUGGCAGAUGCCAUAUGGGUGAGCCAGAGAACAUAAAAACAAUAAAAAUGUUUUUAUGUUCUCUGGGUGAGCUGCUCCAGGUUUGGAGAGAGUUAUCCAAUGCUAAUGGUAGAAAUUACUCAAAAAAUUAUAGAGCGAAAAAAAUAACACUGUAUUCAAAAAUUAUUAAUAAGGGAACAAUCUUAAGUUCCCUAUUCACUUAUAAUAAACGCAUCCAAAUAAUUAGUGCUAUGCUUUACUACAAUAUAUGCAGUAUUUAUAAUUAUUAUACAAAUGCAAUACAAGGAAAAUAUUUUAAAUCGAUGUAACUUCCAACUGUCCAACAAAAGUUUGAAAUAAGCGACCAUACAAAAAGCUGAAAACUGUGAAAACUACUUCAAACGCAGAGAACGUAUUUUUUACGUUCUCUGGCUCACAUGUUUACGAAUUAGCAACGAAACAAACUGUCAAAACGUAAAAAUUCCAAUUAGAGUUUCUUGUUUAAUUUAAUAAAUUAAAUUAUUUACAUUUGUAAAGUGGAAUAAAUAAAUCAAAGUUCUCGAAUAUGUCUGAAGAAUUUCGCGCAGUAACAAGGAAAAAAUGGAUUGCACGUAGAUCCAUAAACCCACGACUACGAAGGUUAUCAGAACGUUGCAAUGAAAAAGAGGAAAAGGAAGUGGAUGUUGAGGCAUUUCUAAAACGACUGGAACAGUUAUGCACACAGAUGUUGGGCAGUGAUUACUUUAUACAGGCAAUGGAGACUGUGGACGAAAGCCUCAAGGCGUUAAUCGACAAUGAGAAGUUUUCGCGUCUAGUUUGUUUUGGCAUCGGUCCUUUCUCUCGCAACUUUCAAGCAUUACACCAGUUGGCUUUUAUUAUUUGCACACAACGACAUUAUAGCAUUGAUGAAGCCAUAUAUUUUGAUCCAGUAUUUCGUGAGAGUGAAAAACAAAUUUUGCAACGCCUCAAUUGUGCGCUAAUGUCGGAAAAUUGUGAAGCAAAGUAUUCCGUAGAUGAGCGCACAUUAUUCUAUCUUCCACAUUGCCCGAAUUGUUUGACCAACAAUUUGCUAUGGAGCAAUUGGCGUCCAAAAUGUUUAAAACAUUUGGUACUAAUAAAUAAUAGUUUUGAAAGUUUGUCGCUUAGCAAAACCGAGCGUUUAUUGAGGUUGGAUUCAAGUUAUAUAUUGGAUGUAUUGCCUUAUGUCAAAGAAUAUCAAUUAGAAGAUGAUUAUGAAACACACAAUGUUUUUAAUGAUUUGUCAGUACAUGUGUUUCCUAUGGCAUCACUACCUGCUUCCGAAAAUCCUUUUUGGGCUGAAAGAGAAGCACCAACAUAUACUGAUGUUGAAAUGAUCUCUGCGGAAGAGUUCGGAAAACUCAGUCUAACGUAACGCUGCCUAUUAAAUUAGUUUAACAAAUAGGAAAUUUAAGUUAACAAAUAGUACACAAAUUAUAUUUAUAAAAACAUAUCUUAGUUGGUAAAUUAAAUGUCUAAUAUAAUUAAAAUUCAUUUAUAAA